AUGGUCGAUGUCUCCAAGAAGCUGGACAUCAUUGUGGUCGGCGGCUCAUUGGCCGGCCUGAUGACGUCCAUCCCACUGAAGCGACUGGGUCAUCGAGUUACAAUCUUCGAACGCUCUCCGACACCAUUGCUACAUGAUCAAGGAGCUGGAGUAGUCGCUGGUGGAGAGACACAAGCUUUCUUCCAUAAGCACGACCUAUCUCGGAGACCUAUGGCAGUCACUUCGCAAGUGCGGUUUUACCUCGAUCAUGCCGGCAAAGUGAUUGACCGUGAGGACUAUCAGCAGCACAUGACGAGCUGGGAUUUGCUCUACUACCUCGGUCGCGCCAACUUUGACUCAGUAGAGAGUGAGUAUGUAGACAGGGUCCCGAAACAGGACGGAGCAGCAAGCUACGAGUACGGCAGAUCAGUCACCAGCGUUCGUGAUACGGGGGAUAAGGUCGAGGUGACAUACGACAAAAUCAGAGAGGGCGAGGGCAAGCAGACGUCGACAGCUACUGCAGACUUGUUAAUUGCAGCGGACGGACCUUCGUCUCAUACGCGAAAUAUGCUGCUGGGAAAGGAGGCUGCAGAGAGGACGUAUGCUGGCUACGUGGCAUUUCGAGGCACGGUGCCGGAAGCGGAGGUGUCAGACGCAGCUGCUGCAGUUUUCGUCGAGCGCUUUACAUUCUUCCACGCGGACGGCACCCAGAUACUAUCUUACACAAUUCCGGGCAAGGCUGGGAGUCUCGAAAAAGGAAAGCGACUGGUAAACUGGGUCUGGUACUGGAACGUUGAUGAGUCCUCUGAGGAAUACAAAGAACUUUUCACGGACACUGAGGGCAACCAGCAUCGCUUCACACUGCCAACGGGUGGAAAGAUGCAACCGCAAGUAUGGGAUCGACAGAAAACCCGGGCCCAUGAAGGCCUGCCGCCACAAUUCGCGGAGAUUGUGAGCAAGACCAAGAGUCCGUUCGUGCAAGCCAUUGCCGACGUCCAGCCGCCUAAAAAGGGCACCAAGGUCGGCAGGCUGCUGAAUGGCAAGGCGCUCCUUGUCGGAGAUGCCUUGGCCGGCUUUAGACCACACACGGCGGCGAGCACGAGUCAAGCAGCAUAUGAUGCCCUGAUGCUAGAAAAGGUUUUCAAGGAGGAGAUUGACUGGGACGAGUAUGAGAAACAUGUCUUGGAAUUCGCUUGGGCAUGGCAGCGGAGAGGUGUGAACUUGGGGAAUAGGAGUCAAUUUGGGCAUCACCCUCUCGCGGAUUGA